AUGACCUCUUUAAACGACCAUUCGCAAUACCAUGCUGGGCUGACGCAACCAUUCUAUCCAAACCAUAUUAACGGGCUGGCGGAUGCCCUUUUUAACGUACCAUUCGGAAAUCCAUACCAGGCUGACGAGACCUCUUUAAACGACCAUUCGCAGUACCAUGCCGGGCUGACGCAACCCUUCUAUCCAAACCAUAUUAACGGGCUGGCGGAUGCCCUUUUUAACGUACCAUUCGGAAAUCCAUACCAGGCUGACGAGACCUCUUUAAACGACCAUUCGCAGUACCAUGCCGGGCUGACGCAACCCUUCUAUCCAAACCAUAUUAACGGGCUGGCGGAUGCCCUUUUUAACGUACCAUUCGGAAAUCCAUACCAGGCUGACGAGACCUCUUUAAACGACCAUUCGCAGUACCAUGCCGGGCUGACGCAACCCUUCUAUCCAAACCAUAUUAACGGGCUGGCGGAUGCCCUUUUUAACGUACCAUUCGGAAAUCCAUACCAGGCUGACGAGACCUCUUUAAACGACCAUUCGCAGUACCAUGCCGGGCUGACGCAACCCUUCUAUCCAAACCAUAUUAACGGGCUGGCGGAUGCCCUUUUUAACGUACCAUUCGGAAAUCCAUACCAGGCUGACGAGACCUCUUUAAACGACCAUUCGCAGUACCAUGCCGGGAUGACGCAACCCUUCUAUCCAAACCAUAUUAUCGGGCUGGUGGACGCCCCUAUCCGUACCAUUUCUUUCUUGGGUUGGCAGAUACCCCCACCAUUUAUAGGGCUGAUGGACACCCAACACCAUUUAUAG